AUGACGGCCACAACGAUCGGGAUCGCGGUCGUUACCGUUGUGUAUUUUAUCAUUCGCUAUUUGAAUCGCACCGAUAUCCCCAAAAUCAAGAACUUGCCUGAGAUUCCUGGUUUGCCGCUGUUCGGGAAUCUGUUGCAGUUGGGGGAUCAGCAUGCUACUGUUGCUGGGAAAUGGGCGAAGAAGUAUGGGCCUGUGUUUCAAGUGCGCAUGGGCAAUAAGCGCAUCAUCUUCGCCAACUCCUUCGACUCCGUCCGCCAGCUCUGGAUCAAAGACCAAUCCGCCCUCGUCUCGCGUCCAACCUUCCACACCUUCCACAGCGUCGUCUCCAGCUCCCAGGGCUUUACCAUCGGUACAUCCCCCUGGGAUGAGUCCUGCAAGCGCCGCCGCAAGGCCGCCGCGACAGCCCUGAACCGCCCCGCCGUGCAAUCAUACAUGCCGAUUAUCGACUUCGAAGCGACUCAGAGCAUCAGCGAACUGCUACAUGAUUCCAAGGACGGGACGGUAGAUGUCAACCCGACAAAGUACUUCCAGCGGUUCGCGCUGAACACGAGUCUCACGCUGAACUACGGGUUCCGGAUUACGGGGAAUGUCACGGAUGAGCUGCUCCAGGAGAUUGUGGAUGUUGAGCGGGGAGUUUCGAAUUUCAGGAGUACGAGUAACAACUGGCAGGAUUAUAUCCCGUUGUUGAGGAUUUUGCCGAAGAUGAAUCGCGAGGCUGAUGAGUUUCGGGUGCGCCGGGAUAAGUAUUUGACUUAUUUGUUGAAUAUCUUGAAGGAUCGCAUUGCGGAGGGGACUGAUAAGCCGUGCAUUACGGGGAAUAUUCUCAAGGAUCCUGAGGCCAAGUUGAAUGAUGAUGAGGUCAAGUCUAUUUGUUUGACUAUGGUUUCUGCGGGAUUGGAUACGGUUCCUGGGAAUCUGGUUAUGGGUGUCGCCUAUUUCGCCUCGGAAGAUGGACAGCGCAUUCAGAAGAAGGCCUACGAGGAGAUCAUGAAGGUGUAUCCCGAUGGCGAUGCGUGGGAGAAGUGCCUGAUCGAGGAGAAGGUUCCCUAUGUCACGGCCAUGGUCAAGGAAACUCUACGCUUCUGGACUGUCAUCCCCAUCUGUCUGCCCCGCGAGAGCACCAAGGACAUUAACUUCAACGGAGCUCACAUCCCCGCCGGAACUACUUUCUUCAUGAACGCCUGGGCCGCCGAUUACGACGAAUCCCACUUCCAAAACGCCAAUCAGUUCCUCCCCGAACGCUACCUCAACCUCGGCGAAGGCUCCGGCACCCCACACUACGGCUACGGCGCAGGAUCCCGCAUGUGCGCUGGCUCGCACCUGGCCAACCGUGAACUGUACACCGCGUACGUCCGCCUGAUCAUGGCGUUCACGAUGCACCCGGCGAAGGACCCGGCUGACCGGCCGAUUCUGAACGCGAUUGAGUGUAAUGCGAUUCCGACGGCGCUGACGACGGAGCCGAAGCCGUUCAAGGUGGGGUUUAAGCCUAGGGAUGCGGAGUUGGCGAAGAGGUGGAUUGCGGAGAGUGAUGAGAAGACUAAGGAUCUGUGACUGUAGUUUUUUUUUUUUUUUUUAUUUAUUUAUUUAUUUUUUUUUUUUU